GGGGCCUCGCCCGGGCGGGAGGGCCUGGGAACGCAGCAGGCUCCCCGCGGGGUGCGGCGGCCCGGGGUGUCCCGCACCUCGCCGUCCGCCACGUGGCUGGGGAGCCCCCGGUGCUGGUCCCUUGUGUCAGGGGACCCUCUCGGGAAGGGGCGCGGGCCAGCAGCCCCGCCCCGCGCUGCCCGCGGCCCCGUCCCUUCUGGCGUUGAUUGGCUGAGAGCCCCGCUUAUUUGCAGUCGUCGUGAGGCAGCGCGGGGCAGGACGGGAAGGGCUGGCGUUUGAAGCGCGGGGCGGCAGCCGGAGCGCGGGCGCUAUGGCGGCCCCGGGCCUGAAGGCGGAGGCCGAGGAGCAGCAGCAGCAGUACCGGAGGCUGGUGGGCGGCGCCAAGGCGGCAGCGGGCGAUGGGCAGCUGGAGGAGGCGCUGCGGCUGUUCCGGCUGGCGGCUGCCAUCUGCCCCUCGGAGAAGCUGCAGAGCCGCAUGCAGCGGCUGGAGGAGGCGCUGGCGGCGGCCGAGCAGCAGCAGCAGCAGGAGGAGGAGGAGGAAGAGGAGGAAGGCUUCGUGGACGUGUGCGGCAGUGGCCUGCUGAUCUAUGGGCAGAUGCAUGAGAAGCUCUUCCAGCACCAGCGGGAAGGGGUUGCCUUCCUGUAUCGCCUGCAUCGGGAGGGCAGGCCUGGCGGCAUUCUGGCAGAUGAUAUGGGCCUGGGCAAGACCAUCCAGGUCAUCGCCUUCCUCUCGGGUGUGUUUGAUGCCGAGCUCAUCCGCCAUGUCCUGCUCAUCGUGCCCACCACCCUGGUCAGCAGCUGGCUGGCGGAGUUUGCUCGCUGGACCCCUGGCCUCCGUGUCAAGGAGUUCCACGGCACCAGCAAGACGGAGCGCACCAGGAACCUGGAGAGGGUCCAGAGGAAGAACGGCAUUGUCAUCACGAGCUACCAGAUGCUCAUUAACAACUGGAAGCAGCUUGCCAGCUGCAACGAGCAGGAGUUUGUCUGGGACUAUGUAAUUCUCGAUGAAGCACAUAAAAUCAAGUGCCCGUCUAACAAAACAACCAAGUGUGUGUAUGCGAUUCCUGCAAAGCAUCGUCUCCUCCUCACAGGCACCCCAGUGCAGAACAACCUGCAGGAAAUGUGGUCCUUAUUUGACUUUGCAUGCCAAGGCUCUCUCUUGGGAACGGCCAAAACUUUUAAAAUGGAAUAUGAGAAUCCUAUUACCAGGGCAAGGCAGAAGGAUGCAACUCCAGGUGAGAAAGCACUGGGGCUAAAGAUGUCUGAGAAUCUAAUGACGAUUAUAAAGCCGUAUUUCCUCAGAAGAACGAAAGAGGAUAUCAAAAACAAUUGUGCUGACAAACCAGAUGCUCCUUUUCUUAAGGAUCCAACUGAGAAUGUUACUCCUGUUAUGCCAUCUCUCACCAGGAAAAAUGACUUUGUUGUGUGGGUGUACUUGGCACCAGUGCAGGAAGAAAUCUACAGGAACUUUCUCUCUCUGGAUCACGUAAAAGAAGUGCUGAUGACAACCCGAUCGCCUUUGGCUGAGCUGAUUGUCUUGAAGAAGCUGUGUGACCACCCCAGGCUUCUGUCUGCAAGAGCGUGUAUCCAGCUGGGCUUGGAAGAACAGGAGAGCUCUGAGCAGGAUCACGGGAGUGAAGCUGGUAUGCUUCCCUGUGCUAACAAAAUAGAUCAUCUUUCUGACGAGACUCUGAUUCAAGAGUCUGGGAAAAUGCUGUUCCUUAUAGGACUCCUAGAAAGACUACGAGAGGAGGGACACCGAGCCCUGGUCUUCUCGCAGUCGAGGAAGAUGCUGGAUAUCAUAGAGCACGUCUUGUCUUGCAGACAAUUCAAGGUCAUGCGUAUCGAUGGAACAGUAACCCACCUAACGGAACGGGAGAAGCGUAUCAACGCCUUUCAGAGUAACAAGGACUACUCUGUCUUCCUGCUCACCACACAAGUUGGUGGUGUUGGUAUAACCUUAACAGCCGCCAGCCGAGUGGUGAUCUUUGAUCCCAGCUGGAAUCCAGCCACAGAUGCUCAGGCUGUAGACAGAGCUUAUAGGAUUGGGCAAAAAGAGAACGUAGUAAUUUAUAGACUGAUCACCUGUGGUACAGUGGAAGAAAAAAUAUACAGGCGGCAAGUAUUUAAGGAUUCAUUAAUAAGACAGACUACUGGUGACAAAAAGAACCCGUUUAGAUAUUUCUCCAAGCAGGAACUAAGGGAGCUUUUCACAUUAGAAGAUACUCGAACAUCUGCAACUCAGAUCCAGCUGCAGUCUUUGCAUGCCACCCAAAGGAAGACCGACCUGCAGCUGGAUGAACACAUUGCUUAUUUGCACUCUCUGGAAAUGUUUGGCAUUUCUGAUCAUGACUUGAUAUAUACAAGGGAAAUAGCUCACGAGGAGCAGGUUGAGAGUGAAGAAGCCCAUCAGUACAUUCAACGGAGGGUACAGAAGGCCCAGGAGCUUGUUCAGUUAGAGUCUCAGCUUAGAGACCAGAGGAUGGAAGGAGCCAGAAGAGCCUGUGAAGAGAUGUGGCAACGACCGCCAGGAUUGGUUUCCCAGCCAAAGAAGUUGUCUCCAGGGUUGAACAACAUAAGUCACUUUGUUUCACCACCUGUAGCUGAUAAAUAUGAAAAUAACGAAGUAAUUGAUCUUACAGAGAAUAAGGAGGUUCUUAAUGUCAGCUCCAAAACGACAAGUCUGACUAUUGAUGACUUGGAUGAAGACAAACUGGCACAAGAUGUGUCCAGUAUGGAUACAGAGCUGCUUAAUACCAGCAAGACCAUGAAAAAAUCCAAUAUACAAGAAUCAGAGCAAAAUCUUGAAUCAAGCGUUAUACCGUCAUCACCUGAACUUCACCCACUUGCUAAAGAGAGUCUUGAAAAGAAACAGUGUUCCAAUGUACAUGCAGAUAGCUUGACUGGGGCAGGGAAUGGCCUAUCUGGGCAUCAUCAGCAUUCCUCUAAUGAGUCUGGUAUGGCUGACAAUCACAAAAUAUUAAGAGAUGCAGAAAUGUCAGAUCAGGUACUUGACCCAUAUGCUGCCUUGGGGACAGAUAGGAAUGACGUUCCUGAGCUGGCUUUGGCCGCUGCAGUGCCAAGUGUAUCAAACACUACACCAGAAGUCCACGCGGACUUCCUGAAGUCUUGUGCACCAGAAGCCAGCUUGGAGGAUAUGUCUGUGCCUUCUCUCCAGGAUCAAGUCGACUUCAAUUUGGUCUUGGAAGAGUCUGAAGAUGGAUGGCAAGAUGCGUCAAAUAAGGAAAGCUCACUGGAACACUCAGAAAAGCGGGGCCUCCAACUGAAAGCAGGAAGUUUUUGUGAAUCUCCAGUGAAAACUCGGCUAAGUGAGAACAGUAACUGUGGGAAACCCUGUCACACAGCUGGAGAAGGGCCAAAUAACUCUAUGCAAGGAAGCGAAGCAUCGGAGGAAAGCAGUGGUGUUUAUUCUAUUGGUAGAAGGAAAUGCUUAAAAAGAAUUUUUUCAGACAGUGAGGAUGAAGAUGCUUCCAUUAUGGUCUUGGAGGAAAACCAGUCUGAAAAAGGGCCCUCUCCCUUGAACAGCCCUCUGCAUCAGUUUCUGGAAGGAGUUAGUGCAUCCACUCCUAAAUGUUACAGAAGCGUAGGAAAAGCCAUCUUUUCUCCCAGACUAAUUAACAGUGGUAACAGGUCUAAUGCUUCUAGGCGAUCUCUGAUCAACAAGGUAGUUGAUGAAGCUGAGGAUAUUGGAGAAAUCAUGGGAACCGCUGAUGAAGGUAACGAUGGUGACAGUGAGGAGGAGCAAGAUGACCUUGUGGGAGAAGCUGAAGAAUGCAGUGGAGAAUCUGCCGAGCCUGAAGAGGAACCUACUGGACAAACACUUGACAGGAAUGAAGAACCCUUCCAUCUAGACAGUUUGCGCUCCGAGGAGUCGGAAGCACAUGAGACAGAGUCAUCUCAGGAGGAAUCCACUGGUGAUGCUGAGCUUCAGUCGGGUGAGCAGACAGACUCCUUCACCCAGGAAAGCAUCUCGGGAAAAGAGGUUGGUCAGAGUUCCUCUCCUGACGUAGGUGAUUACAACACCUUGGUAGACAGUGGGAAGAAACUUAAGGAUGAUGGAAAACUACAGGAGGCAUUGAACUGUUUCCUGCAAGCUCUUGACAUAAAGAGCGGAGACACUGAAGUUAUGCUUAUGACUUUAAACUUGUAUAAACAGCUAACCCAGAAAUAAAAUAUGUAUACUUUUAUUAAGUACAGUAUCACUCUUUCUCCUUAAGUGUUUGUCUGAACCAUAGCACUGUGAUUUAUUUUUUUUAACUGAUGUCUGCAAUGUACAUUUUUUUCAUGGUGACUGAACAAAUUUAGCAUCUCCUCCUGUGUGAGGAAAUGGUUUAAAACCUAGUUGUCAGGUGUUGGCUGCUGGGGAAGGGACUUCACCGUGGAUUUGGUUCACAAAGCUGAAAACUGUUCAUGCUCCUGUCUGAUUAUUAAAUAAUAAAAAAGUCCAUCUCCAA